AGAACCACAGUGGGAAAUGAAAGCAGGAGCUUCAAAGCAGGUUUUUCCAUAACAACAAUGAAAAGCCACAACCUCACAGUGGUGACUGAAUUCAUCCUGAUGGGAAUAACUGACCGCCCUGAGCUGCAAGCCCCAUUGUUUGGACUGUUCCUCAUCAUCUAUUUGAUCACAUUGGUGGGCAACUUGGGCAUGAUCAUCCUUACCAUGGUGGAAUCCAGGCUACAAACACCCAUGUACUUUUUUCUGAGACACCUUGCUACUACUGACCUUGGUUAUUCAACAGCUGUGGGACCAAAAAUGUUAAGAAGUUUUCUUGUAGAACAAAAUUCAAUUUCAUUUUAUUUUUGUGCUGUCCAGUUUGCUUUCUUUAGUAUGUUCAUUAUUAGUGAAUUUUUUAUUCUCUCUGCAAUGUCUUAUGACCGUUAUGUCGCCAUCUGUAAACCACUCCUCUAUAAUGUCAUUAUGUCACAAAGAGUGUGUUGGGUCCUGGUGACAAUUCCUUACCUUUACAGUAUAUUUGUUGCUCUCAUAGCUACCAUAAAUGUUUUUUCUUCAUCCUUCUGUGGUCACAAUAUUAUCAACCAUUUCUACUGUGAUGGUCCCCCUUUGACAUCUCUGCUUUGCUCAAAUAAAGAGGAAAGUGAACUCUUAAAUUUAAUCUUAUCAACUAUUAACUUGAUUUCUUCACCACUAGUCAUCCUUGUCUCCUAUCUGCUCAUUCUCAGAGCUAUUCUCAGGAUGAACUCUGCUGAGGGUAGACAGAAGGCUUUUUCCACUUGUGGAUCUCACCUGACAGUGGUUAUUGUAUUCUAUGGGACAUUGAUAUUUAUGUAUGUGCAACCUAAGUCUAGUCACUCUUUAAACACUGACAAUGCAGCUUCUAUUUUUUAUACCCUAAUCAUCCCUAUGUUGAACCCCCUGAUCUACAGCUUGAGGAACAAAGAUGUAAAAUAUUCCCUUAAAAAAACAGGGAAAACCAUACAAAAUAUCUUUUCCUAG